AUUUGGAAGGAAAUGGGCGUGGAGCACUGAAGCGAGUCCCGUUAAGGAAGAGAACAUCUGGGCAGCGACACAGGAGAGGGGCUCGGUUCUCAUUUGUGAUAAAAACUGGAACAAAGCGGAAAAAGUCUGUACAAGAGUCACCAGAAGGACACACAUUGCACACCAUUGACGUCCAUAAACUUCUCCAAUCAUGCCUCUGGUGGUCUUGAAGUCCUCCCGCCUCACGUGGGUGCGUUUGGCCGCUCUAGUGUUCACGUGUGUGGCGUUUAGCGUGGCGGCCCACGGAGGGGCGGUCAGCGGCGGCAUGUACGAUUGGAGCAUCUUCUGCUGGGCUUUCAGCUUCGCCGGGACCCUGCUGGUUUUGGUGGUGGAGCUCAUGGGUCUCCAGUCUCGCGCCCCUGUGUCCUGGAACAACUUCCCUAUUACUUUCGCCUGCUACGCUUCGCUUCUUUGCCUGUCGGCGUCCAUCAUCUUCCCGCUCUACUUCCUGAAGGGCGAAACGAGGCGCGACGAGGCGCGAGACCACCGGAUCGCCUCCUCGGUCUUCUCCUGCCUGGCCACCGUGGCGUAUUUCGUCGAAGUGAGUCUGACGCGAGCGCAACCGGGCGAAGUCGCCGGGUACAUGGCCACGGUUCCAGGCCUGCUUAAGGUUUGCGAGACCUUCGUGGCCAGCGUCAUAUUCGCGUUCGUCAGCAACCCCGUCUCUUACGACGGUCACCCAGCUCUGAAGUGGUGCAUGGCCGUCUACUGCAUCUGCUUCGUGAUUUCGACGGCCAUCGUGGUCAUGUGCGUCGGUGAAUGCACCGGGUUCCUGCCGUUCCCGUUCGCACGCUUCCUUUCCGCCUACGCCCUGCUAGCGGUCGCCAUGUACCUCACCGCCACCAUCAUUUGGCCAAUCUUCAAGUUCGACAGCCGUCAUUCGGGGACCUCAAGCCGACCGGACUUCUGCCAAUACAGUCACGGUUUGUGUUGGUGGGAUAAACUGGUGGCCGUGGCUGUUCUCACCGCUCUCAACUUCCUGAUCUACCUGGCGGAUCUGGUGUAUUCUGCCCGAUUGGUGUUUGUCACGGCGUGAGAGAGCAAACAGUUGUCUUUUCCCUGACACUGAGGAAAUCUUUGAAAGCCAAAGAUUUUUUGCAGACUGUGCUUCAAUGAGUUUGAGCUUUUAUUCCAAGUUUCUGGAGGAGGAGGAGGAGGAAAAUGUUCAGUGAAUAAUGGUGCGUUCAAGUCAGAAAGAUUGUAUUUAUGAGUUUAACACACAUGAACGCAACCACAAAGAGUGGGAAACAGUAUUAUUUUAGUCUCGUUGAUAUAUAAACAUUACAUUAAAAAUAUUGCCUUGGCAGCUAG